AUGGCUUGGAUCAGACGCGGUCGCGGAGACAAAGCGACGCAGCAGAUGACGUUCACGAUCGACAUGCCCAUCAGCGAGGACCAGGUGGCCGAGCUGUACGGUGAAGGCGCCCGGAUCCACAGCGUACACCACAGGUCCAGGCCGGAGCAGUCCGUGUUCGCGUCCACAAUGUCGUCCAACGCCUCGGUGGACACGACGGUGGGCUCGACUGCGGCGCUCAUACACAGCCACGCGGCCAAAGUCAAGAAGAAGAAGUACGCUUUUCUCAGGCAGGGCCACAGCGGCGGCGCCCAGCAGUCGGCCUCCGCGUCGUCCAACAACGGGUUUUUAACUGGCCGCCACUGCCGGGACGCCGCCAUACACAGCCAGAAGGAGCUAAACAUCCGGCUGGCCACGCCCACGGUGCCAAACUUUAUCGAUCAGAUUCUCAAGAAAAAACAGGCCACCGAACAGGUGGCCGCAAAGCGUCUGAGCAGCGACGACGACGACUGUGAUGACGACAGGGACGACGACGAAGACGACGUGUUCCUGCAGGACCUCAAGUCCGCCGCCAAAAUCCGGACGCCACAAAACACAUAUGUCCCACAGAUCCUUGCUUCAUUAACAGUAUCACUAUGCUCAAUGGUAGUUGGAUUCGCGUCCGCCUACACUUCACCAGCCUUACCGUCAAUGAACAGACCGGGCAGUCCGCUGACAGUAACCGAAGAAGAAGGUUCAUGGAUCGGCAGUCUCAUGCCACUGGCAGCACUCAUCGGUGGCAUGGCCGGCGGGCCCCUUAUAGAAUCCAUCGGUAGAAAAACCACGAUUCUCGCUACCGGAAUACCCUUCAUUAUUUCCUUUAUUCUGAUAGCAAUGGCUGUUAAUGUGCAAAUGGUAAUGGCCGGUCGGGCCAUAGCCGGAUUCUGCGUAGGAGUGGCUUCGUUAGGGCUUCCUGUAUAUUUAGGAGAAACUGUGCAACCUCAAGUCAGAGGGACAUUGGGCCUUUUGCCCACCACUCUCGGCAACAGCGGCAUUUUAUUGUGUUUCAUUGCGGGAAAAUAUCUUAACUGGCAGAUGCUCGCUAUCCUCGGCGCUUGUAUCCCUAUACCGUUCUUGGUGUGCAUGUUCCUCAUCCCCGAAACACCUCAAUGGUACAUAAGCAGAAACAAAAGCAAGAAAGCGAAAAAAGCUCUUCAGUGGCUGCGGGGAAAGGACGCGGACGUAACGCAAGAAUUUAGCGAGAUCGAAAAAGCUAAUCACAUGGGCAAAAACGAAGAAAUGCCCGGAUAUCUGAGCUUGUUCUCCAAGAUGUACUCGAAACCCUUGCUUAUAUCUAUGGGACUCAUGUUGUUCCAACAACUCAGCGGUAUCAACGCAGUCAUUUUUUACACCGUCAAAAUCUUUAAGGAAGCUGGAAGUACCAUUGACGAAAACUUGUGCACCAUCAUCGUGGGUAUCGUCAAUUUCUUAUCCACUUUCAUAGCAACCGGUCUCAUCGAUAAGCUCGGCCGCAAGAUCCUUCUGUACGCGUCCAGUGCUACGAUGGCGGUCACACUAAUCACUCUCGGAACGUUCUUCAACUACAAAAACAACGGUUACGACGUCUCUCAGUACGGAUGGUUGCCAUUGGUCAGUUUCGUGUUUUUCAUCAUUGGAUUCGCAAUUGGCUUCGGGCCAAUUCCGUGGCUGAUGAUGGGUGAAAUUUUGCCUGCUAAAAUUCGGGGCACAGCUGCUUCGUUGGCGACAGCUUUCAACUGGGCCUGCACGUUCGUAGUCACAAAGACGUUCGCCGAUUUGUUGCGGGUCUUCGGCACUGACGGCACCUUUUGGAUGUUUGGCGGAAUUUGUCUGAUGGGAUUGGUAUUCAUUAUAUUCUGCGUGCCCGAGACCCAGGGUAAGAGCUUGGAGGACAUUGAACGCAAUUUAACUGGAGUAGGCAAAGGCCCGGUCAGACAAGUGAGAAGAAUGAGCUCGAUAGCGCAUCUGAAACCACUGCCGAUGGCCAUCUAAACGACAGAAAAAAAUAUUUUAUUAUGUUUUAACUAUAUAAGAAAAUCGGCGUAUAUAUAUAUAUAUAUAUUUUAAUAAUAUUAUUAUACACCAAUUUUUCUUCGGAACAUUUUCGGCAAUUACAAAAUAUGAAACCCUCAAGCUUAUAUUUGGCGCGUACCUCUUUUAAUAUUUUACAAUAAUAAUAACGUUUUUAUCAUUAGAUCUUUUUAACUAUAUAAUAAUAUGUAAAUGUGCAAAGGCCAUUUUUUAAACGCGUUAGACUACACUGUUCUAAAGUGUAUUAUUUAAUGGUGCUAAAAUAUUUCAGACAAUAAUUAACAGAAUAAAAAUGACUUUUUUUAAAUUUAUAUAAUAUUAACUAUAUAAUAUGUACAAAAAAGAAAAAUAACGGUUACACCAAUAAUAUAGACGAAGGCCGUCUCAUUGCGUUUCCACAUUCCGGAGAGUAGGUGAAGUUCCAAUUUUUUUAUAUUAAAUUAUUAUUAUUAUUAUUAUUAUUUUUCAUGCUGUGAUAGAGACAGAGAAUUCCCUCCCUCCUGCAGUUGUAUAAUAAUGUUUACAUCUCGAUACGUGUAUUUAAUAUUAUAUAUUUAUAUAAAUAGAUCAAAUACCGAUUUUUGCUAUCGGGCCAAUCCCUCCUAUCCAAACCUUUCGAGUUUUUUUCAUUUGACUUAAGAACUUAAUAGUAUGAUACAUAUAUAAAAAAAUAUAUAUAUAUAUAUUUAUAUAUUAUAUUAUUAUAGUUGGGCACUCGUUAUUGUACUUACAAUUUAAUACAUUUACAUUAUUACACUAUAAUACUAUAUAUACCUAUAAUAUUUGUCGAUACGCUUAAGCCACAUUUUAUAUAGGGGGAGGCCUUCAAGUCCAUGGAGGUGUGUGUGUGUGUGUGUAUGUUUAGAUUAAUGUUUUUAAUAUUAUUAUUAUUAUUAUUAUUAUGUAGGUGUAAAAUAUAUGUAAUUUGUAACGCUAUGAUAUUAUAUACACCGUUUAAUGGAUCGGUAUACAAACGAUGUUUCUAAGUGUUUAUAUUUUGUUUUUUUAAACGAUUUUUACGUUUCAGUAUACUUGAUAUCUAUAUUUUUCCAGUUUUCCGAUCCAUAUUUUUAAAACCUGCACGUAUGGUUUCAUUCAUUUUGUGUAAUACAUCGGAUCGAAAUUAUAUAAUCACUAUAAAAUUGUACAUCAAGUUACGACUACAUUAAAAUACAAUACAAAAACUGCGACGAAAGGAUGAUUUUAUUUUACUAAUAUCAAAAAAAUUAAAUAGUCUUUUAUCCGCAAAAGCCGUCCCGUCAUUAGUGUGUACAACACAAUAUUCUUACGAUCGAUAAAUCGGAAAAUCGGUACAGUUAUGCACGCCUAUGAUGUAGGUUAUAUUACAUUAUGUUUAUUAUCGAUACAACUUUUAAAACGACUAGACUGUUUUUUUUUUAUUCUUUAAUAAUUGUGAUUUGAUAUUAUUAUGUUAUAUAAUAAUAUAAAUAUUGAAAAGCCUCGCGUAAAUAUCUUUUUUACCAAGUAAAUAUACUAUUAAUACAAAUACCUACUUAUUGAAGUCGACUGUAAAAUCGGUGUCACUUUUUUUCCAAUCAGGCGGGCAAACUUUGUGAUUUUAUUAUUAUUUUUUAUUGCAUUAAAAUUAGUUACCAAUAUAUUAAACCAUGAUUUUUUUUUUUUUUGUUAGGUCAUUAUUAUUUAUUAAAACAAUAUAUAGAUUCUCGGAUGACAUGUUAUUUAUUUCUAGAUUUAUUUAAAUUAUAAUAUAGAUUUAUAAUUGUGUUUUGAGCUCAAAUCACUCUAAAAAAAAAAA